AUGGGGACGUUAACAUUUUCUGAUUCUGCUUUACUGAGCGAUUUCGACGACAAUCAAGAAAGAGCAUUGUCUUUUUCCGAGGAAGACCUUCGUUAUGUGGUCGCUCUCGACUUUGGCACAACAUUUUCGGGCAUUGCUUUUGGUCAAUUGCAAAGGAAAGAUAAAGUAGUCGUUAAUACUAAUUGGGGCAAAUACGUACAUAAAAUUCCAACACGCCUGAUUUACGACUCCAAUGGAAAGGUUCUUUGUUGGGGUUUAGAUGCCGCAUCUUCAUCUCAAGUGAAUAAGCUGAAAAGCCAAUAUAAGGAUGACAUAUUUUUUGCAGAAUUGUUUAAACUUUACUUGUCAUCUGACAAGAAAAGUUAUAGGGCAAAAUUGCCCCCAAGUGUCUCUUAUCAAAAGGCAAUUGUAGAUUUUCUGACCUGUAUUAAACAAGAAAUCGAUCGAAUAAUCGAUAGACGUGAAUUAAUAUUCAAUAACGCUGGAGAUGUCAAAUUCCCAGAGGAAUUUCGUAUCGCGCUAACUGUUCCUGUAGAAUGGGGUUUCGGAUCCAACGAUGUAAUGCGCGACUGCAUGCAUAAAGCCGGAUUUACCUUAGAAAAAGACUCGGAACAAUUACAAUUCUUACCAGAACCGGCAGCUGCGGCAAUUUCCUGCCUCCAAGAUCGUGAAAAUUAUAAUCUAAAACCAGGCGACUCUUACAUAAUUGCCGACUGUGGCGGCGGUACGGUUGACUUAAGCACGUAUAGAAUACGCGCGGAUAACAAAAUCGACGAAAAGACCAUAAGUAAGGGGGCAACGUGCGGCAGUACGAGUGUCGACAGAAAAUUUUUGAAUUUUCUUGCAAAGCAGCUGGGCAUCAAAAAGAACAGAAUGGAAAACCUGAGACUGAAAACCAUCCCGUGUUUGGUUUAUGAUGUUUUCGCACCUAUCAAACACAAGUUCGACGGCGAUGAAGAGCACUUUAAAGAAUUCGAGCUCAAUAUUAUGGGAGAUUGUCCUUCGCUUGAGAAACAUGCCAGUCCAAAAAAAAUAGACGCUUUGGAUGAGGACGAAUGGAUAAUUAAGCAUGAUUACAAGACCAUAAAAUCUUUUUUUGAUUCCAGCGUCAACAAAAUCAUAGACCUGAUUAGGCAACAAAUCGAUUUAAGUCCUCAAAAAUGUGCAGCGUUGCUCAUGGUCGGAGGUUACAGCGAAUCUCCAUAUCUGCAAGCGAGGAUAAGGGAAGAGUUUAAGGAACAUAUACCAUCGAUUAUUGUACCACCAUCACCAAAACCGACAGUAUCCAUUGUCGAAGGUGCAGGGUUUUACGGCCUCAAUUGUGACGAGAUUAUUAAAACCCGUGUGUUGAAACAUUAUUUCGGCGUAAAGACGCUGAAUCAUCCCGUCUUAAUAAUGCUCAGCGGGGACUUGCACGUGUUUUCUGUUAUUGCGAGCAAAGGGUCAAGUAUUCCUCCCCCCACACCAUUUAAGGAGGUUUAUAAACCAUUAUUUCCCGACCAAGAAAAAGCCAACGUGAGUAUCUAUUAUUCCGAUACGGACGAUCCGGACGACGCAGACGAUGACACCGUCGUUCACAAACUCAAACAUUGGGUCGUUGACAUACCCGAUGUCCAACACGGUCUUAAUAGGGUAAUCGAGGUGUCAUUGUCGUUUGGAAUAGAAUUGGCAGAAAUAAAGGCGACGGCUAGAAAUAGUAUUACGGGAAAGGUGUACGAAGUUGCAGAGAUUAAAGAAGCAGACGAAUAUUAUGAGGAAGAAAAGCUUUGGGCUUCAUGA